CGUGGCAGCAUGGAGCUGGUCCAGGACACCUCCCGCCCGCCACUGGAGUACAUGAAGGGGAUCCCUCUCAUCAAGUACUUUGCAGAGGGACUGGGGCCGCUGCAGAGCUUCCAAGCCUGGCCCAAUGACCUGCUCAUCAGCACCUACCCCAAAUCUGGCACCACCUGGGUAAGCGAGAUCCUGGACCUGAUCUACCAGGGUGGCGACCUGGAGAAGUGUCAAAGAGCCCCCAUCUUCGUCCGGGUGCCCUUCCUUGAGUUCAGGGUCCCUGGCCUUCCCACAGGUGCUGAGCUUCUGGAAGAUACACCAGCCCCACGGCUGAUCAAGACACACUUGCCCCUGGCUCUGCUUCCUCCGACCCUGCUGGAUCAGAAGGUCAAGGUGGUCUACGUUGCCCGCAACGCAAAGGAUGUGGCCGUCUCCUAUUACCAUUUCUACCGCAUGGCCAAGGUGCACCCUGACCCUGGCACCUGGGACAGCUUUCUGGAGAAGUUCAUGGCUGGGGAAGUGUCCUACGGGUCCUGGUACCAGCACGUGCAGGAGUGGUGGGAGCUGAGUCACACCCACCCUGUUCUCUACCUCUUCUAUGAGGACAUAAAGCAGAACCCCAAAAGGGAGAUUCAGAAGAUCCUGGAGUUUGUGGGGCACUCUCUGCCAGAGGAGACCGUGGAUCACAUCGUCCAGCACACGUCUUUCAAGGAGAUGAAGAAGAACCCAAUGACCAACUACAGCACCAUAGCCACCAAAGUCAUGGACCACAGCAUCUCUGCCUUCAUGAGGAAAGGCAUCACUGGGGACUGGAAAUCCACCUUCACCGUGGCCCAGAAUGAGCGCUUUGAAGCCGACUAUGCUGCGAAGAUGGCAGGCUGCCACCUCCACUUCCGCUGGGAGCUGAGUGGUGCUUAUCAGGGUGAGCGUGAAACAGGCCUCAACAAUAAAAUCUGA